AUGUCUGCCACACUGUCUCCGACCACGGUUUCCUUCCUCCUCCUCACCCUGGGAUACUUCCUGAUCCGGUACCUCAAUUCGACCGACCAGCCGAAGAUCAAAGACUUGCCUGAAGUCCCCGGUGUGCCUUUGUUUGGCAAUCUCCUUCAACUAGGCCAGGAUCAUGCCCGCAUCACUGCUCAGUGGGCAAAGAAGUACGGCUGGCCAGUGUUCCAGACUCGUCUGGGCAACCGACGCAUCAUCUGGGCCAACACAUUCGAAUCGGUCAAGCAUUUCUGGAUCACGAACCAGUCGGCCCUGAUCUCCCGGCCCACGCUGUACACCUUUCACAGCGUGGUGUCGAGCAGCCAGGGAUUCACCAUCGGCACCUCGCCCUGGGAUGAGUCGUGUAAGCGACGGCGAAAGGUGGCAGCCACCGCGCUGAACAGGCCGGCCGUGCAGAGCUACAUGCCCUUCAUCGACCUGGAAAGCUGCGUGGCCAUCAAGGACAUGUACCAAGACAGCAAAGACGGAACAGUCGACCUGGACCCCCGCAAGUACUUUCACCGGUUCGCACUCAAUACCAGCUUGACCCUGAACUACGGCAUCCGUAUCGACGGAGGCAUUGACCAGGAGCUGCUCCGAGAAGUGGUGCAUGUCGAGCGAGUGGUAUCCAACUUCCGAAGCACGUCGAACAACUGGCAAGAUUACAUCCCACUCUUGCGACUGCCGCUCGUCUCCCGCCAGAACAAAGCGGCAGCCGAGUACCGCCAGCGCCGGGACAAGUAUCUGACCACGUUCUUGGAUAUGCUCAAGGAACGCAUUGCCAACGGGACGGACCGACCGUGCAUCACGGGGAACAUCAUCAAAGACCCCGAAGAGACGCUGAACGAGGCCGAGCUCAAGAGCAUCUGUCUGACCAUGGUCUCGGCGGGCAUCGACACGGUGCCGGGCAACAUGAUCAUGGGCCUCGGAUACCUGGCGUCGCCGCAGGGCCAGCACAUCCAGCAGAAGGCGUACGAGGAGAUCAUGAAGGUGUACCCGACCGACGGCGAGGCGUGGGAGAAGUGCCUGGUGGAGGAGAAGGUGCCGUACAUCACGGCGCUGACCAAGGAGAUUCUGCGCUUCUUCACCGUCAUCCCCGUGUGCCUGCCACGCACCAGUAUCAAGGACAUCAAGUACGACAACACCGUCAUCCCGGCCGGCACCGUCUUUUAUAUGAACGCCUGGGCGGCCGACUACGACGACAGCCACUUCAAGGACCCGGCCCAGUUCAUCCCCGAGCGCUACCUGCACGACCAGGAAGGCAGCGGCACGCCGCACUACGCCUUCGGCGCCGGAAGCCGCAUGUGCGUCGGCUCGCAUCUGGCCAACCGUGAAAUCUACACCGCCUUCCUGCGCAUGAUUGUCGCCUUUCACUUUGUGCCCGCGGCCGAUGCAGCCGACUGGCCUGUCCUCGACGCCCUCGGUUGCAACAGUAUCCCGACCGCCUUGACCACCGAGCCGAAACCGUUCAAGGUCGGCUUUAGGAUUCGGGACAAGGAUGCCCUUGACCGCUGGAUCCGUGCGAGUGAGGACCGCACCAAGGAUUUGUAG